GGGGCGCGCAUGUCCAGUUGCUCCAUGCGGUCUGCUUGCUCUCCAAGCUCGCCAAUCUUGCAACGACUUUCCUCACUCCUCCUUCCCGCCUCUGUGUUUCCAUGUGUACCGGACACACUCCUGAGCGAACUGAGCAUGAUGGUUGGGAAUAACCGCAAGAAAGCCAUCAUGGAAUAGGACUACUACCUUGGACAAAUUGCACUGUACACGGGGAAACAUUCUUCUGUCUUCUGACGUCUUUCCCCCUUCCAUUCUGUCAAUGUAUCUCAACACUUUUUGAAGGGACCCAAGUGAAGAAACAUGAGGAUUAGUAUUUUCUCUUGGCACUUUCUGGGCUCAUGUUCUCUCAUCUGGGGGUUGGCGACGGGAGCGUUCCCCAGCUCAGUGCAGAUUGGCGGCUUGUUCAUUAGGAAUACUGAUCAGGAGUACACUGCGUUUCGACUAGCUAUCUUCCUUCACAACACCAGCCCUAAUGCUACGGAAGCGCCCUUCAACCUGGUCCCACAUGUCGACAAUAUAGAGACAGCCAACAGCUUUGCGGUCACCAAUGCAUUCUGUUCACAGUAUUCAAGAGGAGUCUUCGCCAUAUUCGGCCUUUAUGACAAACGCUCGGUCAACACGCUGACGUCAUUCUGUGGGGCCCUGCACAUCAGCCUUGUAACACCCAGCUUCCCCACUGAAGGAGAAGCCCAGUUCACCCUGCAGCUGCGACCAUCCAUCAGAGGAGCUUUGCUGUCCCUUUUAGACCACUACGACUGGAGCCGAUUUGUCUUUCUCUACGAUACAGACAGAGGUUAUGCCAUCCUGCAGGCGAUCAUGGAGAGAGCGGGACAAAAUGGCUGGCAGGUUAGUGCAAUAUGUGUGGAGAGUUUUAACGAGGCUGGAUAUCGCCGACUUUUAGAGGACUUGGACCGACGGCAAGAGAGGAAAUUUGUCAUUGACUUGGAGCCGGAGAGACUACAAAGUAUGCUGGAACAGGCAGUCAGUGUGGGAAAACACAUAAAAGGCUACCACUACAUCAUAGCAAACCUGGGGUUUAAAGACAUUUCUCUGGAAAGGUUCAUGCACGGUGGUGCCAACGUGACUGGUUUCCAGCUUGUGGACUUCAGCAAGCCCAUAGUAAUUAAACUGAUGCAGCGAUGGAACAAACUAGAUCAGAGAGAAUAUCCUGGAUCAGAGAGCCCACCCAAGUAUACUUCAUCCUUAACAUAUGAUGGUGUCCUCGUGAUGGCUGAAGCCUUCCGCACUCUUCGUCGUCAGAAAAUUGAUAUAAGUCGAAGGGGAAAUGCUGGAGACUGCUUGGCUAAUCCUGCUGCUCCUUGGAAUCAAGGAAUAGAUAUGGAACGAGCACUCAAACAGGUGCGCAUUCAGGGUCUGACUGGAAAUAUCCAAUUUGAUCAUUUUGGCCGGAGAAUUAACUAUACCAUGGAUGUGUUUGAACUCAAGAGCAAUGGACCGCGCAAGAUUGGUUACUGGAAUGACAUCGACAAACUUGUCUUGGUCCAGAAUGAAAAUUCCUUGUCCAAUGACAGCUCUGCAAUGGAGAACCGGACUGUAAUUGUGACGACUAUCAUGCCUCUGAUGAAGAAGAAGCCUCUGCUGCGACACUGAAGACACAACAGCUCACUGCAACUCACCUGAGUCACCGGCCUUUGAAGAAAGACACAAAUACUAAUAGACUGAGCAUCUCUAAAGCUUUACAUUCAAACAUUGUGUUAUUUAUUUAUCCCUUUAAUGCCAACAAUAUGAAGCAAUCAUCAGAGAAUCCCAGAAUUUGAAAAAUACGGUCCUAAUGAAAUCUUUUUUUCAAAUUUGUAAAAAGAAAAGUCCAAAUGAAUAUGCGUAAUAAGCGCUCAGAUAUCUAUAACCCUUGCUAAAUCCUGUUUGUUUUUUUAUGGAACCUGCAGAUGCAUGUGUUGACUUGCAUCCAUCAUUUUUUUGUUUCAAAAAGAAAUGUCAAAAUUCUGAAUUAGUCUCAAAAUCAUUAAAUUUUCGUUGUAUCAAAUGUGAUACAUUUGGCAAUAUAGGGUUAUUUUAUUGGCAUGUGUGUUGCCAUUAACUUCGGGACAUUUUUUUAGCCAUGCAUUAACACAAAACAGCUUUUCACUAUACAGAAUGCUAUAUACAGUAUUCCAUACAAUAGAAGGUAUUACAGUACCUUAAUACUUAUUGUUGAGCAAAUUAAAUAAAAUGACAUUUAAAAUUCUGGUGGGGAUUUUGACAAAGUUGUAGGUAUUUUUUCACUCUUUGAGUCAGUAGACAAUGGCAAGAAGUCACUUAAAAGCAGAUGCAGAAAGUAAUUCAAAUAUGACACACCAUAUUUUGUUUUCAAUUAUUAAUAACAGAGCAUUUGGCAAAUUUGUGGAAUCUACACAAUUACAUGUCAAUUAUACGGCAUCUAUAAUAAAUGAGAAAUCAGUGCAUCUCAAUUUUUUUCUGUAAAAAAUACACUUUAUUCUAGUACGGCAAAAAAAGUAUUAUUCCGUGAAUUAAAUGAAAGCUUUUGGAUGCUGUAGAAAAAUAAAGCAAAAAAAAAAAAAAAAAUCCAAGUAAUACAGCCAAAUUAAAAUAUAUUUUUUUCAAAAUGUUAUCAAUUAUGAAAACAUUAAUUUUGUUAAAUCCAAGUUGGUAAAUGUCAGACAGGUUUUCAUCAGCAUCUCAUUAAGAUUGCAUCUUAAAGUGCCUGUGACACCAUAAAAUAGAUAUCUUAAAUAGUGUUAUUAUUGGAAGGGAAAUCAUAUUUUGAGACAGUUUGACUAUGAAUAACAUUUAGGCAAAGCGCAGAUGACGAGAAAUUAGUCUUUUAAUCUGCCGUUUAGCCCCGCUAUUGUCAUUAUGAUGCUCUGGCGCCUCCAUCUGAGUGAUGACAUCAGCGGAAUAGUGAUUUCAGAACUCAGCCCAAUGGAGGAGGAGGAGUUUUUCAGCGAUUCCGGUUCAAGUGUGGAUCUUUCAAGUGAUAUUGUCGAUCCAGAGGAAGCCUGUGGCAUACAGCCAUAUAUGUUUGAAUCGUAUUUGGAGGAGGAGGAAGAUUCAGAACGACGUGCUCGUCGCUGGGGAAUGAACCUCAAAAAUAGCGCAUUCUCAGUGGACAAACUGGUCGACGUCGGGGCGUGUGGCUGCCCGAGCCCAAGCCAAGGAUAGCGCUCUCUCGGCGGGCACCUUUUCGGUGGACAGGGAGCAUUGUUAUUUACAAAAUACAAGCCACCUCCUUAUUAAAACUUGUGCCAUGAUCCCAGUAUAUGACAUAAUAUAAAACACGUAGCUUACUUACUUCCUCUACCGUUCAAUGGUCCCACAGUUGACGGACUUGUUUUGCCCAUAAAUUGUGGUGAACAGGAUCUGGUGCAGCAACAAAAGCCUGCAGCACUUUGGGCUGACGUGAUGCGAAACGAAUUAAUUCGCAUAAUUAAUCCGAAAAAUCAGCUGAAUCCGCCGUCAUUCUGCAUACUAUAGUAAUGGCUGUAUAGUGAGGAUAAUCUCUUCCAUUGACGUCACAUUCGCUUUCUUCCUCAAUCCAGACUGGCGCGGGAUUAAAAAAAUCGAUUAGAUAGAUCGAUCGCUUCCACACACAUUCAUGCGGUCCAUUUCAUUUCAGGGUGAAAUAUGAAAUAAACAUGUUUUUUGCUUUCAUAGGCACUUUAAGGUGUCAAACCCCUGCAGGCAACAUAUUUCAAUUCCAGAUUAUAUUUUCAUGCAUUAUCUGCAUUUGGACAUUCAUAAUUAUUCCCACUGACACAAUGGCUACCCAAUAAUUUAUAGGUCUCUGUUGUUGAGAUGUGGAAUUGAACCUCAUUUGCAGUUUUGUUUAUAUCCGAUCUGCAUUAUGUCUCACUUCAGAGGAUAUUUUUGUGUUCGUGUUUAUGCAUGCAAUGUGCCGUGGUGCAGAGUGGCAUGGGUCCAGAUACACACUUCUACUCGCUGUGGAAAUAAACUCAUAUAACCAACACUGCACAAACUUUUAAUCUGGUCCUGAAAUGUGUACCCUGUCGUUGUUGCCUGGUCAUUUUUUGUUUCUUGGUGCUUAAUUUUUUUCUGUCCUCAUUUGGAUCAGAGCAAAGACCAGCGGGCCACAAUCAGUCUCUUCCAGACUCGUCACUCAAUUUUGCUCAUAGCUUUCACAAAGUUCAAACACACCAUGAAAUGUGCGUUACUUUAAUUUGGAUUUACGCAUUCGGUGCAAGAGAAAAAGGGGUGAGAUGUCUUUAUUGUGUUAACAAUUAAUACGGGACAAAAAGAUGAAAUUCAUUCUAUAACACAAUUAAGGUUAGAAUUUCAGUGUGGCCCUCGUACGAAUGUUUCAGUUUCUUAUUGGUGUGCAUUUUAACAAGAAUCAUUUUUUUUGUCUAUAUGUGCACUGUAAAUGACUACUCAUCAGCCCAAGGGUGUCGACCAUGUCAGCUCACAUGCCAUCCUCACGAGGACAAGCAUUGUAGAAAUUGGUUGCAUGGAUGUUUUAAUGAUUGGCAGAUUUGUUUGAAGAUCAGGAAGGCUCUCUCCUCCCGUCAAAUCAAAAAUACCCUGUAAUUGACAAGGUAGCGACACACGUGAAGUCCCAUCAUUUGUUAACUUGACAGAGGCCUUAUUUUUCCGCUCUACUCGUCCUUCAUCUUCAUCCCUGAGCUCCAUCGUUUUUGUAAAUCUACUCAGUCAUGCCUGCAGGGUCAACAUCCCUCCGAUGAAUUUCACUUCUUCUUAGAGGAGGUUUGAAGGUCUAGCCAAUACAUCAAGGCCAAAAUUACAUUGUUGCCUUCUAAAUGAAACCGUAAAUACAUUUUGAAGUGCAUAACGUUACUUCACUGAACUUUUUCAUCUGCCUUUAUCGUAGAACCCUUCUUAAAUUGUUAAUUGGCACAUCGAUGCAACACUGAUACUGGCAUUAUACGCAACAGAAAAAUUCUGUGCCAAUCAAGCUCAUCUACACGUUUAGGUUUAUGCUGUAUACAAAGAUGAUUCAUGUAUGCAUGCAUUAAACAGCCAUGGAAUAAAAACACAAAAAUUAGGCAAGGCAAAUUUCUUUGUAUAGCACAAUUCAACACAAAGCAGUUCAAAGUGCUUUACAUCAUGUGAUGAUCCACAAAAAGAGAAAAACGUUUUGUAAAAAUCAUAUUAAGUCAAAAAGUUAAAAACAAGUUGAAAGAGAAAAUGAAUUAAAUACAUAAAAAUAACAAUAAAUUAUCAAGAGAAGUAAGAUAGAUAAUUGAAAUACGAAAUGGAAAUAAAACAACAAAAAAAGAAUAAAAAGCAAAUAACUCAAUAGCGUUUUUAGCCCUGAUUUAAAGGAGCUAACAGUUUGAGCAGACUUCAGACGUUCAAGCAACUUGUAACUUGUGUGGAGUGUGUGUGUGUGUGUGUUUUGGCUAUCGCCGUGGAUUGGUUGAGCUGGCUCCACCCAUCGACAUAGGUGGAGAUUCAAGGGAAGAUUCAAGCAGUCCCCAAACCCACAUGAAUACCAAUGGUGCUGCUGCCAUGAGAAGUGUUGUCAACCCAUUGGAGGGUGAGUUAGGAUUCAGUGCCUUGCCCAAGGGCACUUCGACGAUGGGCAAUAGUAGCCAGGAAUCAAACCACUGACCCUUCGGUCACUUUUUUGCAGGUGACUCUACCCAGUAGAGCAAACUGCUCUGCAAUUUUAACACAAUUUCUUGACUAUAAAGCGCGCCUGACUAUAACCUAUAGCGCCCAAAUUUUACAAAACGUAAGAAGAAAAUAUAUGCCACACCUGUCUAUAAGCUGCAGGUGUCCAUGUCUUAAUAUGGGAUAUUUGGAUAGAGAUAUGCUGUAUAGAAAUAUUUUAUUGAUCAAAAAUAUAUUUUUUUAACCAAAUACACACACAUCAACACGCAGUUGCAAUAUCAUUCAGAUGCAGUGGCUGUUCACUCAGGGGAGCCAGAGACAAUAUGUGGGCCCUCAUGUGUCUUUGAAAGCUUAAAAAACUAAUAAAAAAAAAACAAAAAAAAAAAAACUUGUAUUUAAAAAAAAAAAAAAAAAAACCAAAGGCAAGGCAAAUUUAUUUAUAUGUCGAAAUUCAACACAAGGUAAUUCAAAGUGCUUUAGAUUACAUGAAGAUCCAUAAACAGAGAAAAAAACAAGUCACUCCAUUUACAAAGAAAAAAAAUUAAAUCCACUAUACCCUACCUUCUAAGCUUAAAAUGGUAAGUGGUCUUCUUAAAAAAUGCCUGCUUGUCAUCAGUGGCGUCACUAAACCUAAUAAUACUGGGGCACAGGUGAGCGAGCAAUUUUUGUUCAUUUGCUUGUUUUAGCACUUCAAAAUCAGAAAUCGCGAUUUAAACUAUAUAAUCAAACAAUAAUACAGUACGAGUUUCUCUAAAAAAGUGACGUUUUUUUUUUCUUCAGUCAUCAUUAUUCAAAAUCAAAAUUGAACAUCCCUUGUUGAUAGUCAAUUCACCUCUGCUCAUGUUCAUCAACUUCCAUCUCUCCUUCACUUCUUCCUACACUCUGCUGCUAGACUUUGGACCGGAAUGGGGAUGUAUUACUCUAUCUGUUAUGCAAUUCAUUAGUGUUCCUCAACUGGUAGGUUGUGACCUAAAAGUGGUUUAUAUUGCUCUGGGGGCUUACCUAGUUUACAUUUCUCAUUCCUCCUUGCUACAAGCUAAUAACUUUCUAAUAUCCAUUUGCCAGAGUAAUGCCGUUUGAGUCAAAUAGAAAUAAAAAAAAAGACAUCUUGUUACAGAUUACAGGGACUGCAGUAACAAAUAUAAUGCUUGUAAAACAGCUGGAAAUUAUGAUGAGCACACAACAUUGUUACAGUAUAUAUCUCAAAGCUAGGCAAUUCAUGCCUUGUCAUGACGACA